AUGUCUAAUAGAAAGAACAAGUACCAAAGCCCACAGGGACCCCCGCCAGGAGGACCCCCAGGAAGAUCAGGAGGAAGACCACCACCAGGAAGACCAGGAGCAUCAGGAAAACCACCAGGUAAACCACCAGGAAGACCUCCAGUAGGAGCACCACCGGGUUAUGGGGGAUAUGGAACAAACACAUUUAGUAUCUUUCAACAACAGGGGGUUGGAUCCAACGUCAAGAUUCAACCUGGACACAAUAUCCGAAACAUUAAUGAAUCAAAUCAAUUAUUUGACUCCAAGAUCAAGAAUUAUGAUUAUAAAUAUUCAAAUUGUCAAGGGAAACGAAAGGCAUUGUUGAUUGGAAUAAACUACAUUGGAACCAAAAAUAAAUUGAAUGGGUGUAUUAAUGAUGUUAAAAACGUGGAGCAAUUUUUAAUUGAAAAUGGAUAUCAAGAAGAUGAUAUUGUCAAGUUGGUUGAUACAGCCAAUUUCGAAAGGGCUAUUCCAACCAGAACCAAUAUAAUUGAUGCAAUGGAAUGGUUGGUUAAAGACGCGAAGGAAAAUGAUUCGCUUUUUUUCCAUUUUUCAGGACAUGGAGGAUUAACAGAAGAUAAAAAUAACAUUGAAUAUGAUGGAUUUGCCCAAGUGAUUUAUCCAUUGGAUUUUGAGACAAAUGGGUCUAUUAUUGAUUACGAUCUCCAUACGUUGUUGGUUAAGCCAUUGCCAAAGGGAUGUAGAUUGACAACGAUAUUUGAUUGUUGUCAUUCAGGAUCAAUUUUGAAUUUGCCCUACAUGUAUUCAACAAAGGGAGUGAUUAAACAGCCCAAUAUUCUUGCAGAGGUUCAGGAUGGAUUGAUUGAUACGGUUACAAGUUCACUUUUGUCAGGCACUUUUCAAGCAACCAAGUUGCUUACGUUGGUUGGAACAGCAGCCUUUAAGAAGUUCAAUAACGACAAGAUCUUCGAGCAGCAGAAGAAAACCAACACAUCACCAGCAGACGUUAUCUCGCUCAGUGGAUGCAAAGAUAACCAAACCAGUGCUGAUUCGAAGAUUGGUGGAAUGGCCACUGGUGCUAUGUCGUACGCCUUUAUGAAAGUGAUGAACAGUGGGCAAGCCCAGUCCUAUAUCUCGUUGCUCAACAACAUCAGAGAGAUCUUGGAUGGUCAGUACAGCCAAAAGCCCCAGCUCAGCGCUAGCCAUCCCAUUGAUGUCAAUAUUAAAUUUAUCUUUUAG